AUGAAAUUUACAUAUUUUACAAUAGUUACUCAAGAAUUUGUUGUUCAAAUUGAUCAAAGUUUAAUUGCUGCCAUUCUUGCCUUUUUAAGACUAGAAAAUAUUUUUGAGGCACCAACUAUUAAUAUGAAUACAGAUUUAGAACAAAUCCAAAAACCACUUAAUGCUAUUAUUAGAAGACAAAUUGAGAGUCGAUCAAAUGAAACAGAAGUGUUUUUUGAUAUUAUUCAUUUAUCAUCGCUUAAAAUUCAUUUUAGUCUUUCAAAGUAUGGACCAAAACCAAGUGAAGAAUUAUUAGCUAAAUAUCCAUUAGUUGAAUUUCUUUUACAAAUAUUAAAUGUUGGUGAAGUACAAGAUAUUAUUUUAUGUUUGGAUUAUUAUGAACGAAAUCAUGAAAAAUUUACAACAACAAAAAUAACAAAUGAAAUUUCAUCUCAUUAUCAAAAUCAAUUUAUGAAACAAUUUCAUGCAUUAGUGUUUGGACUUGAUGCACUUGGAAAUUCAUUUGGUGUUAUUUGUGGUCUUCCGGAAAGUGUUGAAUCGUUUUUUUUUGAAUCAUAUAAAGAUGCAAUUGAAGGUCCAUUAGAAUUUGCUGAAGUUGUAGUAACCGGUUCUAAAGCAUUAUUUGGUUCAGUUGUUGGUGGUGCUGUUUCAAAAAUAACUAGUGUACUUGGAAAAGAUUUAGCAAAUUUAACAUUUUAUGAAGAUUUUGUUGAUGGUGUUAAGGAUGUUGUAACAAAACCAGUAAGAGGAGCAAAACAUGGUGGAACAACGGAUUUUAUUAAAGGUUUAGGACAAGGUGUUGUUAAUCUUGUCACACGACCAACAGGUGGAGUAGUAAAUUUUGCCAGCAUAUCACUUGAUUUAAUCAAAAGUGAUGUGUUAAUAAUAAUGCUAUUAGAAACUAGUCUGAUAUUAGUUGGCUAUUUAAUGAUAUUUAUUCAUUGCAUUGCACCAAAACUUAAUCAAAACAUUGUAAAUUGUUGUUUAAAAAUGGAACGAUGGUUUACUAUUAAGAUUAAGGAAUCUAUUGAUGAUAAUUUUCAUGUUGUACAUGACAAACAUAAUGAUUGA